AUGCGGCUGCUCCCGCUGCUCCUGCUCCUCCUCGCCGGCGCCGCCGCCGCCCGCGCCUCCGACGACCCCUUCCUCUCCGGCGCAGCGAACCACAGCUACAACAUCGACUGCGGCGGCACCGCGGACUUCACCUCCGUCUUCGGCCGCCGAUGGCUCGCGGACCAGUUCUUCUCGGCGGGCGGGGCCGCGGGCAUGGUGGCGGAGCCGCACCGGUUCCCGCAGCCGCAGGAGCGCACGCUCCGCUUCUUCCCGCCGUCCUCGGCGGGCAAGUCCUCCUGCUACUCGCUGCCCCUCCCCCCCGGCCGGUACUACCUCCGCCUCUUCUCCGUCUACGACAACUACGACUCCAAGCUCCGGACGCCGUCCUUCGACGUCUCGGCCGCCGCCACGCUCGUGCUCUCCUUCCGCUCGCCCUGGCCCGAGCCGGCCGCGCGGUACGGGGCCUACUCCGACCUCAUCUUCCCGUCCGCCACCGCGCCGGCCUCCGACGUCUGCUUCUACUCGCUCUCCACCGACGCGCCCGUCGUCGCCUCCAUCGAGGUCGCCCCCGUCCACCCGCUCGCCUACGACGGCGCCACCACGGGGGCCGACCUCAUCCUCGUCAACUACGGCCGCGUCACCUGCGGGAACAGCCUCUUCGGCCCGGGGUUCACCAGGGACGCCGACGCCUUCUCGCGGGUGUGGCAGGCGGACGUCGAUUUCCGGAACAACGACCUCAGCUACGACGCCAUUACUGCGGGCGGGAGGAAGAUUUUCGGCAGCAACCAGCCGCCCAACUACUUCCCCACCAAGCUGUACGAGUCGGCGGUCACCACGAGCGGUGACGCCACCAAUGAGAUCGAGUUCCCCAUGCCCGUGGACACCAGGCUGUCCUACAUGGUCUGGCUGCAUUUCGCGGAGAUCGAUGCUGGGAUCGGCUCAGCUGGCCAGAGGGUGUUCGACGUAGUGCUGGCUGGGGAGAACGUGACGAGGAUCGACAUCUUCAAGCAGGUCGGAGGCUUCACGGCGUUCAAGUGGACCUACAUUGUCAAGAAUCUGACAAGCUCCACGCUCAGCGUCAAGCUUGUGCCAGUGGUGGGACGGCCGAUUCUGUGCGGGCUUGAGAAUUAUGCGAUGGUGCCACUCGAGAUGAGGACGGUGCCCAGCCAAGUGGCUGCAAUGAAGGCGUUGAAGGAGUCGCUGAAAAUUCCUGCGAGGAUGGGUUGGAAUGGUGACCCUUGUGCACCGAGGGAGUGGGAUGCAUGGGAGGGAGUUACUUGCCAUCGUGGUGACAAAGGGCUUGUGAUAACACAACUGGAUCUGGCGAGUCAAGGACUAAAAGGUUACAUCACUGAUGAAAUAAGUCAUCUUAAAGACUUGGUAAGCUUGAAUUUGAGCUAUAAUUCACUGACAGGAAGCUUACCACCUGGUUUAGGUCAACCUUCACUUGUGUCACUGGAUAUUUCAUCAAAUGAGUUUACUGGAAGCAUUCCUGGCACCAUAGGUUCGUCCAAGUUACAGACUGCAUUACUAAACAACAAUCAACUCGAUGGGCAAGUUCCAGAAAGACUUUACUCAAUUGGCGUGCAUGGUGGCGUGAUAGACCUCUCAGGUAAUAAAGGUCUGUGUGGUGUGCCUACCUUACCUGCUUGUGCAUUAUUCUGGGAGAAAGGAGGGUUGAACAAAAUUGGCAAGAUUGCACUUGGAGCAUCGUUUGGGUUUCUUCUGCUCGUCAUACUUAUAGUGGUCUACAUACUGUGCAUCAGAAGGGGGCCAUAUGACUAUGAUUUUGACUUCCCUCAAGAUCUGACCUCCAUAUCGGCAAUAUCAGCAAAAAGGAAUAGGUACCAGAGGGCAAAGUCCGUGAUGCUUGCUGAAAUGGAGGCACAUAACCCAGAUGGUUUCUACACAAACGGGAGCCCUCACUGA